AUGUCUGAGUGUGGUGUUGCUUUGAAGGAGAGAGCUGCCAAUCUCCCCGGCAGGCGCGUGGUUUCUGCUCCUCCGCAAAUGCGGUCGGUCAAUCAAACAGGCCCGGCAACUCCUGUCGGCGGCGCCCAGCGCAUGCUGGGUAGCCCUUUUGUCACUCCCAUCCGCCAGGAUACCGUUCUGACUCACGGGCCAUUCAGUCCAGACGAGACCCUAGCAGAGGCUCAGGAGCGGAUCCGAGUUCUUGAGUACUGCUGCGUCGGCCUCCAAUGCCAGGUCGAGCAGAUGCAAUAUCAGCUGCAAGAACAGGGAUCCCGACUGACUGUCAUCGAGCAACAAGUUCCCAGCCUCGCUGCCACUCUGUCGAAUGUUGUUUGGCAGGUCGGCAAUUACAUGGCGAACGUCUGGAGUCCUUCUUUCAAUUCGGCCUAA